GCACGGAAGCCUAUCAAUCACUUUCAACAACUAUUUAUGAGCAAAUCAACAAAAAACCAAUGCAACCCUCAAAACUACCCCAAAUUUCAGUAUAGAAUAAAUUUUUUCCCCAAAAAUCACAAUUCUUUUUUCCUGAUCUUAAAAUGGAUUUGCUUAACAAAAACUGUGCCAUGGCGAAAAAUUGGUUGGCUUUUGCCGCUGUAAUCGUGUUGGUACUAUCUAAUCCAGUAUGCCAUGCACAAGGACCAAUGCCGGAUUUUGCUUGCUUCAUUGGCUGUGGAGUCAAAGUGAUUCAGUGCGCAAUGGGAUGUUUAUCAAACCCUAUUUGCUUCUUGACUUGCGGAAUGAACAACUUGAAUUGUAUAAGUUCAUGCAAGCAGAAUCACACCAUAGUAGCAGAAUAUCCAAUUCCAUCAGCACUAUUUGAACCCAAAUCAAUGGCAGCGGAAAUGGAGGUUGGAACACUUGAGGCAGUAGCGAAGUUGAUGUCUUCAGCCGGCGCCAUAGGGGAAAAUGGCAUAAAGGGUUCUCUUGAAGAAAUGGCGAAAAUUAUUGCUUCUGUAGAUAUUGAAGGAAACGGGCAAAAGGGCUCUCUUGAAGCAAUGGCGAAGAUCACCUCUUUCGCCGGCAGUAUCGAAAAUGAUGUAACGGGAUCUCUUCAGUUCCGUCAGGAUUCCACCGAGAAAGCCACUCUUAUCAAAGGAAGAAUUAUAGGGCUUUCUCCGGGGAUUCAUGGAUUAAGUAUUCAUUCAACCGGAAACUGUGAUUCCGUUGGAGCUCGUUCUAAACCGGUUAACAAAGUUUAUGGAACGCUUUGGGACGAAAAUCAUUACUCCGGUGAUUUGGGAAACAUUGUUGCCGGACCUGAUGGAAUCGCCGAGGUAUCAAGCGAAGAGGAAAGAAUCCAACUUGUAGGCGAAAACCCUGUCCUUGGUCAGGCGGUUUUUGUUCAUGGAAAUUCAGGUGCAGCAGUUGGUUGUGGGACUAUUGAAAUCAAGACGUCCAUUUAGCUUUACUGCGAUUCAGUUCCUGUAGUAGUUUACUUACAUUAUGUACUCCCUCUAAUCCACAAAAAUAUAUGCCCUCUGUCUUAAAACUAUUGUACAAUUUAAAUUUUCAUUUUUAGUACAAAAUAAAUUAAAUGUGAAAAGCCAAACGGUAUAAUAAUUUUGGGAUGGGGGGAGUACUACAUGUUGUAAAUUACAAAUUGUACCAAAAAUACUACUUCCUCCGUCACAUAAUUAUUAUCUAGUUUGGGUUUUUAUUUUUAGUUCAAAUUAUACUAAAAGUAAAAUCUUAAACUGGACAAUAAUUUUAAGAUAGAGAGAGUACAUUUUACGAUGUUGAAUAUUUUUAUGAGAUGGAAUGAGUACCUUUUAGUCCGAAGAAAAAGAACUUUGUUAAAGAAUUUCGAAGUUGAUCUCGCCUUUUUCAAGAAAGAAUAUUGUUUUUC